AAACACAGUCUAGAGAAGGUGGUGGCUUAUAUAAAUACAUCACAACCCAAGGCAGGGCUCGGAUCUGUGCGCUGCCCUGGGGGCAGGGCCCAGAGCAUCAUGGGAGCACUCGCUAGAGGAGGUGUGUGCUUUGUGGAUGGCCGAUGAGUUGGUGUUUGAAAAGCAAGUGUCCUCUCACCUUUCAGUGUUUUGUACCCACCCCCCAACCCCAACAAUUUUUUUAAAACAACAAAAAUAAGCCCUAUCUUCAAGAAGUUUCCAACAUGACGGGGGAAUGCACAGAGACCAGAAGAGAACCUUUCUAUGAUUGUAUAAAUUCUAUGUGCACUGGGGGGGCCGGCGUUGCUUAGAGAGCAGGUAAGAGAGUUCUCAAGAAAAACAGGUAGCACUGGCCAGUGUGGCUCAGUUGGUUGAGUAUCACCUCAUGCACCAAGAGGUCUCCGGUUCGAUUCCUGGUCAGGGCACAUGCCCGGGUUGUGGGUGUGGGCUCACAGUGAGGGGGGUGCAAGAGGCAGCCGAUCAACGUUUUCUAUCUCUCUCUGUUUCUCUCCUCUCUCUCUCUAAAAUCAGUAAAAACAUACUAAAGAAAAAGAAAAGAAAGAACAAGAGGUAAUGCCUAGGAACCAUAUGGAGUAUGGAGGUGUAGGGCAGUCACUACUAAUUGGAUCGGUGUAUUCCUUAGUAACUAUCACAAGCGCGGAGAGUGAGCCAGGCUGAAGAACUUGACCAGGAGAUGGCAGGUGUCUCUGGGUUUCCCAAUAGGAGAGGAAUUUUCAAAGAAACUGUGGCUGAUGUCGGGAUUAAUUGACACAAAUGGGGAGACUGAGUCUCCUAACUUAGAAGUAGGAAAGGCAGUCGUGGUCUUCAUUGUGUUGUGGUCAGGAACACAUGGAGGGCCAGAGAAGGGUCAGAAAGGAAGUUGCCGAAAGCCAGAUCCUGAAGCCAAGAUGAAGAGGUUUGGGAGGGUUGGGAUGAGACUCUGAAGGCAGGGCAGUUUCCCAUGAGAGCAGAAUCAACCCAUUCCAACUACUAACCACAGGAGACCAGUCACCUCCAUCCUGAACAUAGGAAGCCAGCUAGAUCAGCUCAUUUCUUCUUGUAGCCUCAGCUCAGAUAGUGGUGUGCUUGGUGAUCAGAGAAAUAGAGGGGAAGCAGCAGGGUGGUAAACAUUGAGUGCCUGCUCUGUGCUAAAUGGAGAGCUAGAUGCUUUGCAUCACUUACUGUUCAUAGCAAUCUCUUGAUAAUAGGAGUAGUUGCCUCAUUUUAUUGAUGAUGAAGUGAGGUUAAGACAUUUCCCCAAGGCACACAGUGAAGUGCCAAGAGCUGGGAUUAAAAUUGAAUUCCGUCGGACCCCAGACCUGCUCUUUGCAGUGCUCCCCCCACUCUGCUCUGGACUUCUUUGGGGCCAGAUCCAUUUCCCACAGAAGAACCAUCUACCUAUGGUCUUAAUUCUCCCCUUUAAGAAGUGGUGGAACUGCAAGAUGCAGUGGUGAAUGCCAGGUUCUGUGCUUGGGACCAGCAUGAGACAAGCUCACAGAAAGGUCCCCUAGCUUAGGCUGCUUUCAUUGAAACGUCGUAUCUGGAGCAUCCAGAUCAAAACCUGAUCUAAUCUACCUGCCCAAAGUACAUGUUGGUUUACAAAUGCCUUACUUUAAAGAGAGACGCCUCCCCUUGAACAAAAAAAGACUAUAGAGUAGAAGAAUGAAAUGUCUUCAAACCUGUGAAAGGCUUGCAUACAUGAAAGAAUGGAGAGAUGAUCUGUGAGACUUAAGAGGCAAAACUAAGACCCUCUGGUGGAGGCCACAAGGAGACGGAAACCAGCUCAGUGCAAGGACACAUCUGCGAAGACCCAGGAGAUGGUAAGUUCCCGGGACUCGGGUGUGUCAGCUCCUCACACCUAAGGUUCUGAGGACGCUUGCUCUGUCAGAUCCUCUACUCGAAGGAUGAGCAGAAGUAGCUCAGAUAAUGCUCGUCCUAGGAAGCAGUUCUUCAUGUCGCCGUGUUCUGGGUGAAGAAACUGCAGGUCAGAGGUAGACAGCUGCCAAGGCCGGGCACAGGCUCCUUACAUCAUGGCACCUCUCCAGGAUGGGGCAGAACUAUUGGGGGGGGGGGGGGAUCCUAGGAUCGGAAGGGAAAGGGCACCAGGUGACUUGAAGGACCCCUUCCUGAGAAGCAGGUAUUUCCCAAGGCUGGAUUCUAGUCUCGCGCCCCAGUAGGUCAGAGCCAGGCGGAGGCGGGGUGACUAGAGCGAAGUGGACAAAAUCAUAGUCCCGCCCCUGGAUUCUGCCCCUGCCUGUCUGGAACUCCAUAGAGUCAGGGCCCUAGGCACCUCCAUCCACCUGGUCCUUCAAAGAGCUCUAGUCCAGAAAAGGAAAUGGCUGGGCCUGACAAUGUGGAGCUGUGGCCACAGGGUGGCAGCAGUGCCUCAGCUGCGGGGAUGGCUCCCGAGCCCCAGGUGAGGCAGGUCCUAAGCAAGCAGUUGCCCUCUAGUGAGGAGGGGGUCCGUCUACAAAGAUUUGAAGCAAUCCCCACUCUGUGAGCUCCCCACUUUCGUUUUGUCCCCUUCUGCAUGUCGUUUUCCUAUCCACAGGCAAAUCUCAGAGUAGUGGCUCUAAGAGGCACAUAUGCAGGGGUGUGGAUGGGCUGGGUGACCCUGGCUGCAGCCAUGAGGGGAGGGACCCUGGCUGGGUCAUCCCGGCCACCUCUGACCCUAACUCUUCUCCCCACUCCCUCUGUUCCAGGACACAAUACCUAGCCCUUCCUGACAGGGCUUUAUUUAUGCUUUUAUUCUACAAGUUAGAAGAGAGGAGGAGGUGAUCAAUUGGAGCUCUCCAACCUGUUGAGGGAUUGGGGGUUCUUAAAGGUCCCCCAGGGCCUGGCGCUGACAAAGCAUCUGCAAUUAAUGAUGCUUCUCAAGCUCUGGAGACAGGAUUUAUGCAUCUAAUAAAGUCUGUAAUUCCAGGCUUAGGGGCUAGGGCCGGAGGCUGAGAGCAGGAAGUCCCGGAGGGGCCAUGGGAGGGGAUCUCAGGGGCUCUUAAUGGGGCCGUGCAUUUCCAUUGUCUGCUCUAGAUUCCCCCUCCAGCUGCGGUGGGGGUGGCGGGCAGGGGGACAGCAGGUAUAAGAGGCAGAUGUGGCCGGAGGAAGGCAGAUGACAGCAUGGAUUCCAGGCAGGCAGCAGUGCUACUGCUGGUGCUGCUUUUAAUAACAGACUGGGGCCACGCUGAAGGACCAGGGGGCCAGGGUGGAGAUCACAUCUUCGUGGAGGAAGACACCGGACCCCGCACGCCACAGGAUGCCGAGGCCCCUGCGUCACUCUUACUCUCCCUGCUCCAGGCCAUGCAGCGACCCGGCCGGAGCCCAGCCUUCCCGUUUCAGCCCCAAAGGUUUGGCAGAAAUACCCAGAGCUCCGGGAGCAACGACCGGCUGAUUACCCGAGCUGGGGAGGGGCUGAGCGCCCCGUUCUGGAGUCUGGCUGCCCCUCAGCGCUUUGGGAAGAAGUGACAUUCAUCUCUUGAUCCAUCUGCAUGCAAGGCCCACACCCAAAGUGCCAUAUAUCCCCCCCCCCCCCCAAAUAAAGCUGCCUGGCUUCUGAA